CAAAAAUCAGUUUACAUCAUACAUAUCAGAAAAGAAGGCUUUGAGAAAAAUGGUUCAUCAAUUGUCAUAAUAUUUGCAGGUUAAUCUUCUGUUGAUUGACUAAUCUACUAAUCAACUAAUAUUUUUAGCUUUAGCUUAAUCUAAAGCAAUGGUCAGACUGGAGGAUUUCUGGCCAAAACAUGUAUUUGAUUGUUUUACUGUAGACAUAAAAGCUCAAUGGAGUUGUCAUAUAUUUUACAAAAUGUGUUAUAAGAACUCUUUGCACCAAAUGGUGGCUGUUCCACUCAGUUCCCUAUGAGACCACAUCACAGACAUGUCCCUCAAAGAUUCUUGGAGAGAACAUAUUCGAUUAACUCCUCCUCAACACCUUCAAAGCUUGUGAACAGCACAACUUUGCCUUAACUCUCCUCUCCUACCACCACUCAGCUCAAUCACCUGACCUCCACCACUAGGACCUGUAAGAAAGCUGAGUCUCUCUCAGGGCUGGCCACAUAAUGACAGACCUGCUGUAUAUUAAGGGACCCUGCCCAUGCGUCCUCUCCCAGUCACCUCCCUUUUCACGGGCCCAUAUAAGCCUCUUACCCAGGGGGGGGGGCACUACUUUCCAAAGAAGGACCGUGCGCAAGCAUUUGGAAGGCUAGCUAGUUUGCAAAGUCGAUCUCCUGACUAAACCUAGCCAUGGACAACCAUUCGUACAACUUCCCCUCCGACUGCACCCCGCUCACCAACUGCAAGUCUGCCCGUAAGCCAGCUGGAUCCACCGUGGUGAACAUGGGCAACACUGGCAAGAAUCCUCCACGGGACUAUCUAGUCUGGUCGCUGUGCAACACCUUGUAUGUUAACUUCUGCUGCCUGGGAUUCAUGGCUCUCGUCUACUCCAUCAAGGCUAGGGACCAGAAGACUCAGGGUAACCUGCAGCUGGCCCAGGAGUGUUCAGACAAGGCCAAGUGGUACAACAUCCUGGCGGCCGGCUGGAACCUGCUGAUUCCUCUUCUGGCUGUCGUCCUGCUCGUCCUCCUGCUGGUCCACCUGGGCACGUCCCAGGGCUCCUUCGACUUCUUGGGAGAGGAUGGCUUCCAAAACUUCAUGAAACUGUUCAGCUGGUAGAUUGAGACGAAGUGAGAGGAAAAGGAAAAACACAUCGGUCUCCAAUUCAACCCAUUUACACUAACCAUCCAGAGAGAGCAUUUGAUUUGAUUCAGCACAUGAAAGUUGACAUAAUAGCGUGCUAGCCUAAAGAUCUUAGUGCUCCUUUUCUACCUGGAAGUCAGGCCUUGUGCUGAGCUUCCCAAAUCUAAGAAAAGCAAAAUUGUUCUCUGCUACUUUCAUACACAAGUACAAUUCAAAGGAUUGUGGAUAUGUGUGUAGAAAACAACAGAUACAAUCAUACUAUUUUUGAACCAGUGACCUAAAACUAUGUAACCGAAGUUUAUGUUGUACAAUAAAAGCAAUACACCAGUUUGGUACAACACCAAUCAGAAUGUUAGUAUCAGUGCAUCCCUAAUUGUAAUGCCAGUAUUAAAGGGAGUUCAGUUUAUACCUGCCAGUCUGUCAGAAACUGUCCGUAGAGAUGUGAAAUUGUUCAAAGACUAACUGAAGUGUGAAAUGGAAAAGAAGGGAACAAGCAGAGUUGAGAAAGACUAAGAGAUGAAUCCAGGAUGAGAGGUUGAGAAAGCGGCUCCUGUCUGUCAUAUUUGUUGUUAUUUAUUGUAUUUAUGUUGAAUGGAAAUUUAGAUGACAGCUGAAUUUACAGUAUCUCUAGUCAGGAUAGAAAGAAAAGGAGGAGUGGAAAGACUGUGGAGCCAAAGUCUGAAUGACGCAAACAUGAGAAGCCACUUGGCAAAGGACAAUCAACAUUCACCUCCCAACGUUUAUUUUUCUUCUUUCAGCCAUUUUUAAAAUAUUAUUACUGUUACAACAUACAUAUAUUUUGUCAUUAUUCAUGUACUUUAUUUUAGUAUUUUGUUGUUUUAAGUAUUUUUUGGUUUUACAUCAUCUUAGUGCCAACUUCUUGUGAGCUAAAUAAACCAGAUACUGUUAACUCA